UGUAGAAUGUUCCUUAAGGUAUCUAGUGUUAGUGUACCAAGUUUGAUACUUGUAUCAUAAAGUCGAACGAUCUCAGCAUAUUUGGUUCUUAUGCGCUGGACUACAUGUGCUGCUGCUGCGUGUUGGAGCCAUAUGAAGCUCCUAUUGCCGCCACAAGAAUCCACCCCAGUCGAGAACAAAGUGUUUGAUUUCCAGAUAGAGCAGCAGUUACCGAACUGCGGAAGGAGAGAACAGAAGAACACUGGCUACUAUCAACGGACAUUGGGACUCGCCGCAACCUUGCGCUUUUUUGGGUGUACUGCCCAUCUUGAGCAAUGGCAUCUCUAGAUCGAUCAAAGGGAGCGUAUGAGGAUGGGGUCGCCUUUUUUAUUACCAUGUAUUAUCAGUAGAUUAGAUUUAUCAUACAGUGAUACUAGAGUAUUCCAUAGCUUCAGAUGUGAGUGCAUGGAGACACAUAGGCAGACAAGGUUGGGAAUGUGAAAGAAGCAGCGCUCUCCGUGUAUACGCGUGAUCCUACAGAUUGCACAGAAAAAAAGCACAAUAUUUCCCAUGCAUGUUUUUUGUUCGUAGACUUCGUAACACAUGGAUCAAAUAUUGAUUAAUCAUCAGCUGCUAAUGAACACACCAUAAAUUAGCAGUGUUCUUGAACAAAGCUGAUGCAUCUUAAAGGAGACGCGCGUGCUUUGACAACAUCACCACCUCAAAUGGAUGGAGUUAUCGUCUGAUCCUGGCCACAGAAAUCGCCCAACUUCAAGCGCCACGUAGGUUGAGGCUCUGAGCAAUGGAAUCUCUAUUCGGUGGUGAGCUGAGGCUACUGGGAGGUGGCGAGGGCUUGAAGGAGGACAGCUGUGGUGACGUGGGCUGGUCCUCCUCAACCCUCCCUGAUGAUAUGUACUCCGUCUCCCACUUCGCCCUCAUCACCGCCUACCAGGACAUCAAGACACGGCUCACGGGCCUGGAGAGAGAGAACAUUGGCAUCAAGAGGAAGCUCAAGAUCUACGAGAUCAAGUUCCCUAUGAUCAGUGAGUUUGGGGAGGACAGGAACUCCUACUGCAGCUUUGAGUCCAAGGAGACAACUCUACUGCAGUCAGAGAACGGCAACCUGCAGCAGAAAGUCAGCACCCUCACCCACGAGCUCCAGAAGAGGAAAGAGCUCCAGGAGCAGCUGGAGGAUGUGAUCCAGGCCUAUGAGAAGAUCCACAUGGAGAAGAACAACCUCCAGAGAGACCUGGACAAAAUGACCAGUCUAGUGGAGAAGCACGCGGAGCAUAUCGUGGAUCUGGAGUCUGCUCUGAGACAGAGAGACAACUCGCUACAGAAGCUCAACACCCAGCUACACAGCAAGGACAUCCAAUACCUGCAGCUACAUAGCCCAGACAAUCACAUGCUGGACUGUCCUGCGCUGACCCUGCAGAGCUCUCGUAGUCUAGACACUUUGUCAGACCUGAAGCUGCAGCGUCUGGAGGUGGAGCUAGAGAGGGCGCGGCAUGAGGCCGAGCGGGCGUGUCAGAGGGAAGAGGAAGUGAAGGCCGAGUGUGAGAGACUGCAGGAGGAGCUGAGACAGAUCCAGAACAACCACAUAGGGAGGGAAAUGACUUCGCCGUGUGAGCAGUGUGAUGUGGAGUGGAUAAAGAAGGUGGGAGAUGAGCAGGUGAAUUUGGCGUUAGCCUACACAGAGCUAACUGAGGAGUUGGGACGUCUCCAAGCACUGAGCUCUAAACAAAAAGAGAUCUUGAGGAUGGUCUCUCAGGAGCAGCAUAGCCCAGUCCAACGCCACUCCCACCCCCCUUCUCCCAUCCCUCACCCACGCCACUCCCCCGUGCCCCAGCGACACUCCCCCAUCCCCCAACGCCACUCCCCCGUCCCUCCUCAGCACCACUCCCCCAUUGCCCAGUGCCGCUCCCCGGUGCUCCAGCCGCAGCAUCUCUCCCCGGACAUGCACCGCCGCUCGCCCCUGCUGGACGUCAACGAUGGGCCUGCUUCCUACUCCUGCCGGCCAGCCAGCCACCACCUGAGGGCCAGCUUCCAGGGCCGACGGAGCUACUCCGAGGUGGCCGACCCCUCGGCCUACCAGCGGCCACCGCGCUUCAGCCUGGACCCCGUGUCCACACUGCCCAAGCCCCGGCCCUACAGGGACUCCGGCUACUCAAAGCAGCAUCAGCAGCAUGAGCAUGGCGGCUCCCAGCAUGGAGGCCCCUGCCACCCCCCCACGCCCGCCCCCCAGCUUCCGCAGUCCUCUGAAGACGAGGAAGAGUGGAUCUGUCCGCACCCCAUCAGCCCCCCACGGACGCUGGGCGUGCCCAACAAUUUGUCCGCUCAUGGGGUCAUGAAGGGGCCAGCGUCCUGCUCGGCUUUCCCCAUCCCAUCCAGACCCAACACUCUGACCUGCCACCCACCAGGCUACCUGCACACAGAGCACGCCCAGUCCUGGCCCUCCAUCAAUCUGUGGAUGGAGACAGAAGAGAGUGACAUGAGAAGCUGCCCUCUGUGCCAGCUGAUCUUUCCCAUGGGUUACCCUGACGACGCCCUAAUCAAGCACAUCGACUCGCACCUGGAGAACAGCAAAAUCUGAUCGCCAUGGCAACACAGCACCCUCUUUUUAGUUGCAACAAUUCUUUACUUACAUUGUGGAGUAUUUUAGGUUUGGUUUUGUUUUAUAGCUGGGUGCCUUUUGUUUGACAAGACAAGAGGGCUUAUUGUGUGUUUAGUAGUCCAUGUCUGGGAAAAGGUUUAGGGAAUGACAAGGAUGGCUUCGAGGUUCAUGACAGACAAUGUCCUGAGGGUUCCAGGCCACUUGCAGUCCAUUUGUUUUUAUAUCUUACACCUUACCACUACUACUUGCUGUAAAGUGGCCUGCUUUAGUUUGACUCUCUACCCAUGUACAGUAUAAGGCUUGUGAAAUACAGACCAACUACAAUUAAUUCCUGGAAUUAUCUGGGGGACCAGAUGGAUAAAUCCAGUUUGUUUGUUCUUCAGGGCUUGACAAUGUGCAGUCAGAGGUCAGAGUUAUGAAGAGAGGAUGUGUGACUGUGACUGAUUGUAUGUAGGGAAGAAUUUGUCCUGCAGGGUGGGGCAUGUAGUUGCUAUGACAACCUUGCUGUGGUGAAACGCAUAGGCAGAUUAUCUGUAUUAUCUUGCUGCCUGAUCAGAAAUCCAUAUAAAUCUGAGCACAUUAAGUUAACCUACACUAUAUAAGCCUAUAGUCCCCCCUAUAUUAUUUAUUUAACUCCCUAGAGUUGAUGUCUGCGCCCCACGGACAUUUAAUUGGCAUAAUACAAAAAUCCCCAUAUAAAAAUCUAUCAAUUUUAGCUAGAGAUCUGUUUUUGCAUGGGAUGUGUCUCAACGGCAUCAGCCAAUGCCACACGUUUGCAUCUGAGGUGAAAGGUGACAGAGCUCGAGCAGUGGUCUUCUCACAAAAUCGUCUGUAGCAUCUGAACUAUUUUGCUCUACGACCCCCACAAGCGUCUUGGGACUGGUCUGAAGUCGGUUCAGCCGAUCUGCCGACUCCUGUCUGUAGCGUCCAAACAGUUUGGGAUACACGCUAAUAUGACCCCUCUGUGGAAAGGUGAGACUCUCACGAUCAUGUCGGUUGAACUUCUCCCUGUACCAGUUGAAAAAAAAUGGAAGUACUGUAUAUCUGGAGACUGUUUAGUGCCAAAAAUAAGGGGUUAAAUACAUGUUAAAAAAUAUAUAAAAAAUUGUUUCCUGAUCUUUCUUAUAUCUUUCAGAUAUAGGAAAGACACUUUAGAACAAACUUCCUUUAUCUGUUGUUCCAUGUAGUGAAUAUGUUAUUCAAUGCAUUGGUAUGGGCUAAUAGCAGUAGGGCCAAACAUUUUUUAGCACAAAUUAUUUUGUAAUAUUUUUGGGGAUACAUCAAGGGGUUUGAAAGUUCAAAAUCAAAUAGCAAAAAUAUCCUUGGUAUGACCUUCUUAAAACAAUUACAUAGAGCUUAGUAGAACCCCACCCCACCUCCCCGGCUUAGACAGGGCUUAGACUGUAAUGGGUUAAAGGGCCAUUUCCACCACUUUUUAACCUAAUUGUCAUUAUCUCCAGCACAAUACCAGUGUCUACAUAUGUGAAAAUGGUGCAUUUCUAUGCUUUGUAGAAAUAAAUAUAACAUUUAAAAAACGGUGAUUCUCAAACACUGUGAGAUGCACAGUGAAGUGAGGAGCAAGAAAAUGCCCUCUGGCUAAUCAAUGUUUUUUUUUUUUUUUAUGCUACCCUGUGAUGUCACAGAGAAGCAUUUUUUGGACCUUUGCUCUUAUCUUUUUAACCACAUUUCAUAGAAACACGCUGUUUUCACAUAUGCAGACACUGGUUUGGUGCUGGAGAUAAUGAAUAUGUAUCAUUUGUAUCAUUUGAUAUAUAAUGUAUCAUUUGAUAUAUCUGUAAGUAAUGAGGCAAAAAAAAUCUGUAAAAGGAAAUAUUUGUGCUGAACAUGUCUUAUGUUGGUGAAAUUUCCCCCUCCUAAGCUUGCACAAUACUGUAUAUAGCUAGUGGGACAGGAGUUUGUAUAUGGAAGAGGGAAUGGAAUAUAUUUGUAUAUGAUAACAAUGAUUCAACUGGGAGUCUCUUUAGUCUUCCUGAACAUCCGACCUGCAAACACAUCUGAUAAAGUAUUUAUAAGAUUUCUCAAUCUUACAGUCUGAAGCUGGCACACUUUGCAUUUUAUAUCUAAUAUAUAUAGAUGUCAAAUAUAACCCCAAAAAAUCAGAGUGGGUGUUGUAUGGAAUAACACACAUGGAAUCAUGUAGUAUCCAAAAAAAAGAAGUGUUAAAUAAAUCAAAAU